AUGGCGAACCAAAACCAUGAGCAGCAGCUGAAAGGAGAGAUAAAACUAAUAGAUCAGCUUGGACGUGCAAUCAAACUGACGCAGAAACUUAGGGCAACGGUCACAAAAGUUUUUGACGAUUUAGGAAAUGGCCUGCCAAAUACACAAGGAAAUGAAAAAACCCUUCUAAACAGCUUGCAGAAAACACUGCUGGCUGUAAACAAUGACUUCAGUGAGCUGGAGAAACUUGGGUCUGGCAUUAAUCGUGAUCAAAGCAGUGCAGUAGCCAACACCAGUUACCUGAACUUUGACUCUAGUUUGGACAAAGGCCCUAUUUAUUUGGAACUACUACAAUCCUACAAGUGGAUGAAUAAGGUGACUGAGUACUCUUCGACGUGCCAUUCUUCAGGUCAGCUUAUGCUUAGUCGUUCCGUUUUUGGUUCCACUGUGCGUGCAAAGCGGUUACGCAGAUCGCCUGCGAUUCAUGCCAUUCCCACACAACAGAUAGAUAGUUUUAUAUCCUCGCUGAAUUCUCAGUUUCCUCAGAUGAAGAUUGAUGUAUACAGACCUCUAGGAACAUCCACUAUACUAUUGAUAAGUGUAAGACAGACUUUAAGAGCCAUGGUUGCCCUGAGAGGACUCACCAUAGAAUGGGUUAAAGUAAAGGCUGUGUCUGAAGAUUUCUUUACAGAAGAUGGUAAGCUUGACAUCUGGUCCAGGUCGCGAUAUCAAGUCUUCCAAAAGGUCACAGAGCAUGCAUGUUGCGCCAUUCUUCAUUUUUACCACACUGUCAUGCCGAAUGCUGCGAUAAGGUCUUUUCUGAUGUGGCUUAACUCUUACCAAUCCCUGUUCUCUGCUCCAUGCUCAAAAUGUGGUAAAUACCUUCAGGAUGGUGUUCCACCAACAUUUAGGGACAUGAGACUGUGCCAGCCAAUGCAUGAACUGUGCAGACAGUAGGCUGAUUGUCAGGAACUGAAAGAGGUACAGUUCAUGCCGGAACUUCUGUCUACAUUUAUCCAAAUUAUUGGGUUUGUGUCUCCAAAAGUGGAUUCCAGCUGUCUGUAUGUAUGUCUACACUGACUGACUGACUGUCAGAAGGGUACAUGUACGUGUGACGAUUUUUCAUGUGCUGGUGUUAAUGGUCCUUAGUGCUCAUGGAUUGUCCAUUUUUUGAGGUAGAGACGGCGUCAUGGAUCUGAUAUUCAUCAUUUGCUGUUUGCCCUGUACCUCUGCAUCUCUUGAGCAAAAUGGGGUCUUUUGCGGCCUGUAAUGUUUCCCACGAAAUAGUUCUGGCUGGUGAAUACAUGUAGUGAAUAGACAAGAACACAGAAGUCGUUACUGAAACCCUGUGCUGCAUUUGUUACAAUCUACAUGGCUUCCCACCCACCACAGCUGUGUGCCUUUCCUAAUAACAUGGACUUACUAUGUAAGUACAUGUAAUGACACUAGGCCUACACUACAUUGCCUGAUUCACUUGACCAUUGAGGUGAGCUCUGACUCCUGGGGUUUGUCAUGUAGCUGCUGAGGUGCUUUGUCCAAUCCUGCUCCACCCAAAGGCCUCUCCAAAGUCAAGAGUCAUAAAAGUAAAAUAUUCUUCAAAUGGCAAGAAUCAAAUAGCAAAUCAAACACAUAAAUAAUAGUCCUAUUUUGAAAACUAAAACUUUUUUUAGGAGGUCAAGAAAAAAAAAUUUUAUGACUAAAUCCCAAGGGAGGACUAGUGAUUACUAUAAAAAAUAAACCUGAUGGAUAUCAGUAUUAUUAUUUACACUGUACUCCCUUGGGUGUUUAUCUAACCAGACGUGUAUAUAUUUUUUGCCAACUUUAAUACCCAUCAGAGCAUGUGAAAGUGACAUGCUGUAAUGGGCUGUGUUCAUAUUGCGUCUUGUCAAUUUGCCAUCAAGAUUUCAGAUACCUUACAUCAAUGAAAUUGGGCCUCUGUGGCUCAGUUGGUUAGUGCACUAGUGCAGCGAAAUGACCCGGAAGCCUCUCACCAAUGCAGUUGCUGUGAGUUCAAAUCCAGCUCAUGCUGGUUUCCUCUCCGGUCGUACAUGGGAAUGUCUCAGCAACCUGCAGACGGAUGUGGGUUUCCCCUGGGGCUCUGCCCUGUUUCCUCCCACCAUAAUGCUGGCCGCCGUCGCACAAGUGAAAUAUUCUUGAGUACGGCCUAAAGCACCAGUCAAAUAAAUGAAAAAAAAAAAAAAUGAAAUUGUUCUUCAUGUAAAUGAAAAAAUCUUAGCAUUAUUACAUUUGUAAAGAAUGUACAAAAUGGGGAAAUAAAAUUUUUGACUUAUGUUCCAAGUAUAUUUGAAAGAGUAAAAAUUUGUUUUCUUAUUAGCUCUUCAGUCAUUUGUAUGUUUCAUGCUAGAUAUAGUCAUGGAAUGUACGUCUAUCUUCCAACCAUGCAAGUGGAAUUUGAAUACGUUUUGUAUGCCCAGAAUCAAAACUUUGCAGGGGGCAGUCCAGCUCAAGCUGGCUUCCUCUCCAGCAGUGUGUUGUUUCCUCCCACCAUCAAGCUGGCCUCCGUCACAUAAGUGAAAUAUUUUUGAGUGUGGCAUAUAACACCAAUGAAAUCAAUAAAGAAAUAAUCCCAGCUUCAAUCGGCCCUUGACACUACUGUGAUUUGAAACUGGCUUUCUCGCACAAGGUAGCUCCUGACUGGGCCUGUUCAUGCACAAGUGGGUCCCUGGCUUGAACACGACGACCAUCUGGCCCAAUUGGGAGCUGACUCGCUUGCUCGAGGAAUGGCAGCAACUUCCCCUUCAGAGUAUCAGGAGGCUUUGAGGUGGUAUGAGGAUAUACCCGAUAAUGACGGAAAACGCUUGAGCUAACAAAUGACGUUUUUAUUGAGUAAUUUCAAUCACUGCUUCAACACUGUUCACUCCAUAACCAUAUUUUUGGAAAGCCAUUGUUUCACAUCAAAACCAGUCAUGAUAAAAAUGCAUUUGUAUUCUCAUUCCAAAUAUUUUGUCAUUUUUCAUCAGCCAAAGGGUCACACACUUCACAAUCAUUCACAUUUUCUACACUCUUUUGAUACAGACGAACAUUACUCGCACGUGUACAAAAUCGAAACCCAGGGGAUGCUUAACAAAGUUCUUUGUGUAUAAAUAAUAAAUAAUACAUCCUGUAGUGAAUACCACUAUAUAAAGUGGUAAAUAAAUGGUUGACUGGGUAUUAUUUCUAGGUUAAAGACCGUAGUUUGAUUAGGAGUUGUGCCAUCUCCCGCUAUACACUCACUACCAGACCUAAUACAUCAGACCACAGGAUAUAUAGAGGUGUAUGUACCAGUGAAUUUGUGAAAUAUAUCGCAAAUACUCUUUUUUUUUUUUUUCUU